ACAGAAAGAAAGACCAUCGAGCGCGCGCAGCAUCCCGACGACAACGCGUGUUCGCGCGCUGCGAGAGAAGGGAGGGAGAGGAGGAGAGAGAGUGAGAGAGGAGAUUGGGGGGGACAGAGAUAGGGUAGUAAAAAUGAUGGCGACCGAUUCAGUGGAGAUAAGAAACCAAACGAGCCCCUGUCCCAUCCCUGACAACAGUCUCAGCACUCUGUCCAUCAAAAUAACGCGGAAAAACCAGGACAGACACUGGAAGUUGCGGUUUAUUUAUCUGCAGUGCUACUUUUUGACCAUUGCAACAAUACUGGGAACUGGAAUCUUAGGUCUUCCAGUAACGAUAGCCCAUGCUGGACUGGUGCCUUUCCUGUUCUCCUUUAUUGUUGGCUUCUUUGUCCAGGCCUUGCUGAUCUACCUGUUUGUGGAGCUUCUUCAGAAAUGUCAGGUGAUGCAGCUGGAAUCCUUAAAGACAGGUGUUGCAGAGUGUAUAGUCAUGGAUCAGGUGGGUGUGGAGGAUCCAGUUCAUACUGAGGAAGAAGAUGAUGACAGUGAAAAUGCAGAAGCAGAUACAGGUUUACUACAGCCGGAUGCAGCAGCUCUGCAUGACCAAGCCGGCAGUCUGCAGCCGAACCUUCAUCUGCUUGGGCGAAUCUUCCUCUCCCGCCCCAUGAGCCAUGCUUUUAACUGCAUUCUCCUCUUCCAAUUCAUUUCAAUUGGAAUUAGUUAUGUCUUAGCUGGCAGUGAGGCCUACGCUGCACUUCUUAAUGUCAGCCACAUCUAUGUGAUCCCAGUCUUCACCUGGACCCUGACUCUUGCUAUUUUACUGGCCCACACAGUUAUUCAGCCAAUCACUUCAGUGCUCACCCUCCUGAAAGGAAUCCUCCUCAUUGUCACGGUGGCUGUGACAUUUGCAGUGGGGUCAGAGGUCGGCCUUCAGAGCAGCAGUGACUUCAGUCAGAUGGGAAAACCUUUCCUAAUGGGCACAGUGGCUCUGGGUGGGAUUGUAAACGUGAUGCCUCUGCUUUUCUCACAGAUCUCACACAACAGAACACAGAUCCUGUGGUUUCGGAGAGCAGUGAUUGGAGGUCUGACAACCUGCACUGUGCUCAACAUCCUCUGGUGCUGGGCAGUGCUGGAAAUUGUCCCGCAGACAUCAUUCCCAGAGAGGAGGAUGACACCGGAAACAACAACCAGGCCUGACUACAGCAGCCCCUCUGGUCCUCCAUCCUCAGUCUCCUCACAGAAAUACUCUAACAUCUCGCUAGAAGAGUCAGAAAAAGCAGGAGAGAUUGCCACUAUUCCACUGACUAAGAUCAUUAAUGAACGUUACAGGGCUUAUUCAUGGGUGGCUGAGCUGAUCCAGGUGUUUAUAGCCAUCAGCGUCACUGUGUCCUUCCUGGUUAUGGGAUCUGCUAUGAAGCACACCAUCGAUGGUCUGGUGAGCUCACUGUGGAGCAGCAAGCUGGAGUGGCUGACUAAAGCCUGGGAGCCAAAGUUGCCAAAUAAACAGCACAUCUGCUCAGCAAGAAGCGUGGCCAAAGGAUUCAUGUCACUGCUCGGGUUCGUUGUCAUCUUUAUUGUGUCGGUGUGUGAUCCCAGGGGUUUUGUUGUCAUGUUGGACAAAGUUGUGUCGUUCUCCCUCAACACUGAAGUGGGACUGUUUGUCUUCAUCAUGCUGAGAGAAUGCAGAGAGGACAGAUUCCAACAGCUUGCCAUCCCUCUGCCACUGGGCGACUGCGUGUUCAGCCUCAGCUGGCUGCUGCCCACCUACUUCCUGUUUGCAGUAACCUACGACGUCCUGCAGACCCUGGCGGAUCUGGCGCAUUAUCUGCAUUUCUACAACCACGAUCAGGAGCCACACAUUUACAAUCUGACGGGGAGUUUAGCAGCAGCCAAUCUCUCCACCCUCCUCUGAUCUAAGCAGCUAGUUAAGGCACAAACUGGUAGGAGUUAAAAUUGCCAAAAUGACAAGCUUCGCACCUUUGUUUGUUUGUUUUUAUUUGUGCACUGCACUUUCCCAAAAACCGUGUACGUAACAAUCUAACAGUCAGCUGAAGACGGCUCUCUUUUGUUAUCUCACGGUGGCCGUCCUUGCUCAAGUUAGCGACACAGUAGAGAUCAAAAUUUCAGACUGUUUUUUUUUCCUUUCAGUGGCCUUCAUGGCAUAUUAGCUGUAGAUUUAGGACUCAUCUAGGAAGGAAAUAAGGAAGUGUGGACCCAGUGUGUAACUAAAGUGAUCAAAGUUAGAUAAAAGUUUUUGUUGCUAUAAAAUAAUAGACAUCUAAAAAUUACAUUCCUGAUGAUCAAGAACUGCAGAAGCCGUCUUAAUUGGAGCGGCUGGCAGAUCUGCAGCGUGGAUGUUACCAAUUCCACGACUGCUCCGUUUGAUUUCGUCCCGCUGUUUCUUCAUCUCGUCCUCAGUCUGCUAACCGUAGUGGAUUUCUUAGCCAUAGCAUUGUCCUCAGCAGUCAACCGGAGAUUCUCGAUUGGGUUUAGUUCAGGAUUCAGGGUUUGCCAUUUCAUUAUUUCAGGCUUAACAGCUGCAAGGAAGUGCUUUCCCGGUUCUGCAGAGUGAUUACGGAGCAUUGUCUUGCAUAAAUAUUGUUGGCUGAUUAGACGCUGAUGUCAGGGAGGGAAUAAUCUGUGUUGAAGGAGCUUCAUCGGGACAUUAGCAUUCACCUUGCUGAGGGGAUGUGUAAGAGGCUCAAACUUUGCAGCAGAAAACAUCCACCAAACCAUUAACCUCCCUCCUCCAAACUUAACUGGCUUCUUCACACUGGUGUGGGUGCAUUUGUUUUCCAGUUUUAGUGCAGAACAUGAUGCUUGCUGUGUGAACUUAUUAUUAUACCAGUUCCUCUGUGUCCACGUGAUCUGUUCCUCUGCAGAUUUCAGUAUACGCUUUUGAUUUCUCCUGUUUCAUGAUUGGUUUGGUCCCUGCGGGCUUUCAGUCUGAUUUCUGUAUCCCGAGAAAGGACCUUACACCUUUUCAGCCGAGAAUCGGCAUCAGUGUUGAAUCAAAUCUGUACUAAGACUUUUCUCCUCUUCUCCUUCGGCUUGUAUAGACGGCCAGCAUUUUAGAGGUAAACUGUUUGAAUAUUC